UCCAUUAUCUGUAGUUGUGUUGACAAAUCAGGAAUGGCGGUCUCCCUGUCAUUUCUAAGUAUGAGAUAUGAAAUAUUGUAGGAUGUGUAAAUCCAUUUGCAAUCGCUCUUGUUUUACAAUGCAUUGUAAUUUAUUGUCAGUACGGCUCGUCAGUGAUUAAACACAACCAUAUUGCUCUCCAAAAGUAUUCUGAAAGGUCCAAAGGAACAUUCCACCGACCAUUUUGGCGUUGACGUUAUAAAAAGUUUCAGACCGCCAUGGCAUCGCAAGUUCUGUGGCCUGUGUUGCUCGCCUGUGUGAGCCCUGUGCUGAUGUACCCCUCUGGAGCCCCGGGGUGUUCGAACGGAGGCCCAAGUGACUUCAGCCCCUCUCACGGUACGACUGUCAACGACCCGAGUCUCCCCUAUACAGUCAAUGCUACAAAGUCUGGAAAAGAUUGGACAGUAACUAUUCGAGCGGACAAUAGCUAUUUUAAAGGAUUUCUGUUACGUGCUAUGCCGAUGAAUUCCUCCGAAACAGUGACAGGAAGUUACGUGACAAUACCAUCAGACACAAGGAACUGUUCAGCUACAGAUGCUACUCACACAUCAGCGGAUACCAACCACACGUCUCUCACUUUUUUAUGGCGACAAAGCGACGCAAUGUCGGGGGAUGUCUAUUUCAAAGCAACGAUAGUUCAUACAAAAUCAACAGAUUACAAAAUUACCACUUCCCUACCCCCAACUAUUGUGCCGGACUCUGAGUGCGGUUCUACCAAGGGUUGUCAAUCCGACUGCAACACGGGCACCUGUUCCUACCAAGUCACGUGGAAAAGAUCGGGGGAUCUCGUGAGAUUUGAAUUUCAGCAAUUAUUAGGAACUGGUAAUAAGUACCAAGCUGUAGGAUUGUCUAACGACUCGUUAAUGGGUAAUGACAGUGUAAUGAUUUGCAAGUCCUCAGCAGAUGUUGCAUCGUUUGAGCAAGGUACCAACUCACCAGGACCUGGCUCUUACUAUGCAUCCCUUAGAAAUCCGAAUGACGUCAGAACCAUAGAGACGUCCCAAGCUGAUGGCGUCUUUAAGUGUGUGGUGGAACGUCCAAUCACCAGCAACGAUUCGAAUGUGUUCCCUCUGACAGAGUCCUGGUAUCUCCUACACGCCAUAGGACCAGUUGUUACUGGUGGUUACGUCGUAAAGCACACUGCCACAACAUCAACCCAAAACAAGGUGGACUUCCUUACGGCAAACCAACCGCCUCCAACCUCUGGCAUCGGUCGUGACCCAGACUGCGGGGUCUCCAAAGGCUGUCAGUUCAGCUGUAGCGGCGACUCGUGUAGUUACCUGCUUACCUGGCAGGUGCGAGAUGACCUUGUGAGGUUUGAAAUGAUGGAAGCAUUGUCCGGAAACAACUACCAGGCUAUGGGGUUCUCCAGUGACAACAAAAUGGGAGACGACUCAGUGAUGGCAUGUAAACUUAACGGGGGGAGUGCAUCAUUUGAACUUGGAUUCAACACAGGCAAAUCAUAUAGUUCAAUACCUGAUUUAACAGGGACGGGGGUCAGCGUUAUAGAAACCUCCUAUACCUCGGGCGUGGUCAGGUGUGUGAUUGACAGGACCAUCAACAGUACAAACAAUCAGGUGUUUAGUCUGACCCGGAACUGGUACUUAUUGAGAGCGUCAGGACCAGUAUCAGGGGGAUCACUAAGCACACACAGGGCCAAGACUUCUAGCAGUAGCACGGUUGACUUCCUGUCAGCUUCACUGGUGACGGAAGCGGAAGCAGAUUUGCUAAUGGUUAAACUUCACGGGUCCUUUAUGAUGAUCGCCUGGGUAAUGUUCUCCAGUAUCGGUAUAGUUACAGCCAGGUUUUUCAAAGGCGGAUGGGAAGGGAAAACUUUGGGAGGAAUAAAAGUGUGGUUUCAGAUUCAUCGGACCUGCAUGGUGUCUGUUUUUGUACUCACGGUCGCUGCGUUCGUCAUUAUAUUCAUUGAUGUGGGAGAAUAUAGAGAGGUAGCGGUGUCUGACGGCAGGGACUAUUUACGAUACCACCCGGUACUGGGAAUAGUCGUCACAGCCCUGACAGUUAUUAACCCGAUAAUGUCUUUGUUUCGCUGUGGACCGGAUGACAAAAGACGACCCAUAUUCAAUAUUGCUCACUUUUUAGUGGGAACUGGAGCUCAUAUACUUGCAGCCAUCACUGUUCUAUUCGGUAUGAACAUUGACAGAUCCAAUGUUUCCAUGGACGCUUCUUAUGUCAUGUACGCGUAUAUGGCGACCUUCGUUGCCAUAGAGUUGGCCUUUGAACUCCAAAGAAUAUGUGAAAAAAGUUUCAAUUCGAGUAACGAUGUUGCCAUAGAAAUGAAGUGCACCAGUGAAAAAAGCGAAAAGAGCAUUCAGUUUGAAAAAAGGCCGGCAAUAAAAAAAGAAACUUUCCUGUACAUUCACAUGCUACUCAUGAUUGCAUUCUGUGUCGCAAUGGUCGUCAUAGUAAUAACCUCAUAAUGAUGUCAUCUUGGAAUUAACAUCCCAUAAAGAGAUUCUUUGGAAAAAUAUUUCUUCCAAGACUUUUACAAAUUUGUAGGCUGUAAACUAGACCCUGUAUCAUAUUUUGUAUACUUCAUGAAAUAUUGAUUGAGACAGUCAGUGUAAAUUCUGACGUUGUAAACGAGAUACACCCCAGACACGUGCAUGUAGGCAAAAAUUCACGUGCAGUGUUAUAGUUAUGAUUAUUUAUAACAUAAUAUAUCCAGCAUACAUUUGUUGAGUGUGUACAUUUGAAGUAUUUACUUUUGUAUAUGAAUUAUAUUUUAUCACCCUUCUUUUCUGGUUGAUGACCAGAGACGAAGUGCUCUCAGAAAUAUUUGUAAUCGUACUCUAACUUACUUUGAUUUAUAAUCAAAUUUCAUUUGGCCUCCCAAGUAUGUGAAAAAAAAGUGUGAAAGAAAAGAAAAUUGCAGCAAAAAUAAGCAAUUUUAAAGACUUUUUGCUGUAACAAAGUGUGGAAAGAAAUGGGCAUUAUAUUGUUAUGUUGAUGAAAGAACAAUAAAAUACAUUUUUUUUAUAUAAAA